UAUCAAGCAGUGAAUAUUGAACUAAUACACCUGUAAUACCUAACUUUAAGUUUACAAGAUACGCUACACAGAGUGUUAAGUUACCAGUAUGGGUGACUUCGACGCCGGACUAGAUCUAAAAGAUGUAGAAAGGUGGGUUGAGGAGUUGGAGAAGAACGGAUUUGUUUGUCUCCAGGGAGUACUCAACAUACACGAGAUACAACAUACCAGAAACCUGUUCUGGGAUUGGUUGGAAUCUUUGGGAUCUGGGAUUUCAAGAGAGGAUUCAACAACAUGGAAGGAUGAAAACUGGCCUGGAGAUUUAAAAACAGGGAUUAUUACAUCACAUGGAGGUGCACACUCUCAAGCUAUGUGGUAUAUUCGGUCUUUGGAUCAAGUAAAAGAGAUUUUUUCAUCCAUCUGGGGGUCACAUGAGUUAAUGACUUCAUUUGAAGCUCCUGUGAUUUGGCGACCAUGGAGUAGUCCAGGCAGUUCAGGAUGGAAACCAGAGACAGAGGGAUUGCAUUUAAACCAGAACCCAACGAAGAAAUCAGAAUAUCGAACUAUUCAGGGAUCUAUUCCAUUGUAUGAUGUUACUGAAGAGACUGGAGGUUUAGAAUUUGUCCUGGAAUCUCACAAGAAAGAGAUGGCUGAACAGAUAUCUAAGGCCUAUCCAUUCUUCAAACAUCUUGAUCAUUUUUGCCAGGUUAGAUACAAUGAUUUUAAAGAAGAAGUUAAACUUGUAAAAUGUUCAGCUGGAGAUUUGAUCUUAUGGGACUCCAGGUGUAUUUUAGGAGACAGAGUUGGGUCUUCAGAUUUGCAGUCUAUUAGUUCUCUUCUCAUUAGGUGUCCAGUUACUAUGCAGCCACGUGUUGGAGUUCCUAAUCCUGUCAUCAAGCUUAGAACUACAGCUCUUAGAGAUGGACUCAGUUUAACUUCAUUGUUUAAUGAGUUUAGAGUAUUCUCUCUUCAUAAUACUGGAGGAUCCAAGAUUAUAAAACUGUUCAUCCAACCUACUUUCUCAGAUACACAGAAGAAGCUGAUCUAAUUGAAAAUUAAAUACAUGUUUUGAGGUCCGAAGUUUUGUGUUGUUAAUUCCUGGAACAAGCAAAUAUCCAUAUUCCGUAUCUGUUGCUUUGAUUUUCCAAUCCAUAUAUCCUUGCAACCCAAUGUCGUAGACCAUAGAAUUCUGUUAUAACAAAUAGUCUAAGCUUUAAAUAUCUUAGAUUUACACAAUCAGGUUGCAAAGAUAAAAGGAUUAGAAAAUUUAACUUUGGGGAAAGACUCAAUUCCUCUUUUGCUGUUAUAUCAUUAAAAUAUCAGGAAAUCUAUAUAAAACUUUGAGUACAAAACUUUGACGUUAUGGUUGCUGUUAUAUCUAUAUAUACUAAGUACUAAACCUUAAAGUUAUGGUUGCUGUUAUAUCUGCAUAUACGAAGUACUAAACCUUAAAGUUAUGGUUGCUGUUAUAUCUGUAUAUACGAAGUACUAAACCUUAAAGUUAUGGUUGCUGUUAUAUCUAUAUAUACGAAGUACUAAACCUUAAAGUUAUGGUUGCUGUUAUAUCUGUAUAUACGAAGUACUAAACCUUAAAGUUAAGGUUGCAGUUAUAUCUGUAUAUACGAAGUACUAAACCUUAAAGUUUUGGUUGCUGUUAUAUCUAUGUAUACGAAGUACUAAACCUUAAAGUUAUGGUUGCUGUUAUAUCUAUAUAUUGAGUACUAAACCUUCAAGUUAUGAUUGCUGUUAUAUCUAUAAAUACGAAGUAGUAAACCUUAAAGUUAUGGUUGCUGUUAUAUCUAUAUACGGAGCUGGGCAGCAUUCAUAAACCACAACAUUCCUCUGAGCUGAAGCAGAUAACAAUUGCCAUUCGCCAUUGUCCUAAAAAAAUGUUUAGAAGUAAAACCUUAUUUGAAAUAAAAAUCUAUACACUAUAA